AUGCAAAUUUUCAUAAAGACGCUGACUGGACGAAAAAGCAACUUCAAUUUCGAGCCGGAUAAUACAGUAAGGCACGUGAAGGAAGCCUUACAAGAGAGGGAAGGAAUACAGGUGGAACAGAUUAGGCUAAUCUAUUCCGGCAAGCAGAUGAGUGAUGAUUGCAAGUUAUCCGACUACAAUGUAAAACCCGGGUCGACCAUCCACAUGGUCCUUCAACUACGUGGCGGCCUAUAA